UGAAGAUAUAGUGUAGGUGGGGGUAAUGUAGAGGUUGAGGAAGACGGUAUAGAGGGGUUCGAGCGGCCGAGGGAGUGAACCCCGGGCGGCCGAGCCCCACUCUGCUCUCGGCCGCUCACACGGGAACAUCGUCACUUCUCAACACUUCUCACAAUGGCUGAACCUGUCCGUGUGUGUGUUACUGGGGCUGCUGGCCAGAUUGGCUACUCCUUGGUGUACAUGGUUGGAUCUGGAGCAGUGUUUGGGCCAGACACCCCAGUGAUCCUGCAUCUUCUUGACAUUGCCCCGAUGAUGAAUGUGCUUAAUGGAGUCUGCAUGGAGAUAAGCGACUGUGCUCUUCCCUGUGUUAGAGAUGUUGUUGCCACUGAUGAUCCAGCUGUGGCAUUCAAGGACAUCGACUGUGCAUUCUUGGUUGGAGCAAUGCCCCGCAAGGAAGGCAUGGAACGCAAGGAUCUCCUUGCUGCCAAUGUCAAGAUCUUCAAAGUCCAGGGUCAGGCAUUGGACCAGUAUGCUAAGAAAUCAGUGAAAGUCCUUGUGGUAGGCAAUCCUGCAAACACCAAUGCCUUAAUCUGUGCAAAGUAUGCGCCAUCCAUCCCACGUGAGAACUUCUCUGCCAUGACUCGUCUUGAUCAGAACCGUGCUCAGGCUCAGAUUGCUGCCAAGCUUGGCAUUCCAGUAACGGAUGUAAAGAACGUCAUCAUCUGGGGUAAUCACUCCUCUACCCAGUUCCCAGAUGUUCGUCAUGCAACUGCCACUGUGAAUGGUGAAGAGAUCCCUGUGUAUGAUGCAAUCAAGGACGAUGCUUUUUUGAAAAAUGAAUUUAUUACAUUGGUUCAGAAACGUGGUGGUGCCGUUAUUGCUGCUCGCAAGUUGUCGUCUGCCAUGUCUGCUGCAAAAGCUGCCUGCGACCAUGUGAAGAGCAUUUUUCAGGGAACCAAAGAGGGACAUUUUGUGUCCAUGGGAGUCUUCUCUGAUGGGUCCUACAACACUCCUGAGGGAGUUAUGUACUCCUUCCCUGUAACAAUUAAGGAUAAAAAAUGGAGCAUAGUUCAGGGAUUGCCAAUUGAAGACUUUGCACGGGAGAAGAUGGACAAGACUGCCAAGGAAUUGUGUGAAGAACGGGAUGAAGCUAUUGCAGUGUGUCAAGAUUAGGGUGGCGCAGCAGUUAAACCAAGGCUUUGACACCAACCAUGAAACUUUUCUUGUUUAAUAAAUUGUUACUAAUUUUGUAAAAAUGACACCUUCAAUGAAAACUGGUUUAAUGGUUCAUCGAUGUGAUUAGAUAGUUAAAAGAUGUUUAAAAUUGAUUCGCUUUCAUUUUAUCUAAUUAUUGUGGUCAGAUUUUUAAAAUGAGUACCAAAUCAUAUCAAUGUCUUUAAAAAUUAGAUAAAAUUCAAAAACAACUGUUGAUAAGUACAAUUUAAUGGAACUCUUAAUGCAGCUUCACAGAACAGUAGUUUUUAAUUUGAAAGUAAGGAGGCUCAACUAAAUUUUUUAUUUCAAUAGUCUUCUUGGUAUAAAUAUAUAUAUAUAUAGAAAGAAGCAUUAGUAAAUAUUAUGAAGUAUAGUAGGUCAAAAGUUGUGUAAAUAUUCCUUCUAUUAAUUUUAAUUGCUGCUCUGUCAUUACUUAAUCACUUCCUGAGUUUAACUGCCCUUGGACAUGUUGAGUUUUUGAUUUGAUAACUAUGUUAAUUUGUUUACUUUUGUUUAUUGGAAUGUAUAACCUAUAUGGGGAAAUAUACAUUUGAGAAAUUA